AUGGCAACUCAGUCACCGCCUAAUAUUUCAGCUCGUAUAUUUUACGGACUAAGUACAGAUAUUCAGUACAAUGCACAUUAUUUGACUGAAUCUGAAAUUCUGUACCCGGCUGGUGGUGUGAUCGUGAUUCACAACCAUCUCCAGAAGAAACAGAAGUUUAUCAGACUCCAAGAUAAACAUAAACCUAUCAAGUCUUUGGUUCUUGCUCCAAAUAGACGAUGGCUCGCUUUAAACGAGAUUGCCGAAGAAGGGCAAAAGCCUAUAAUUACAAUUUACGACCUUACCACGUACAAACGACGAAAGAUUUUGACGGUACCCUUCGAGAACUCACAAGCGAGAGAAUUCGCGUGUGUACAGUUUACCCAUGACUCGAAAUAUCUUGUAGCUAUUACGGGAGAACCAGACUGGUACUUGUAUUAUUACAACUGGGACAAGGGUAAGGUUGAGAGCCACGCUAAAGCGCAAAACCCUAGCGGUCAAGGCAUUGUUUCGAGCAUCAACAUAACUAGCUGCAUGUGGCUGACGCCGGACCGCAUCUUGUUCGGGACUGACAAAGGAAUGAUUAUGAUGGUUGAAAACGGGGAACUUCGACAGAACUGCGUGUUUCGAGCGUCAGAAGUUAUGGAGAUGUCGCUAAAGAAAGUAGAGGCAGAACAUACCCGAGAAAACCCGCUGUGGUCUAAGCUUGACGACAUACAACACAUUGCCAUUGAUCCUAAUCAAGAAACUCUGCUUAUUACAACGUUGAGGAAACAACUGUACUAUGUCAAGUUAUUUGGACAGCAUAUGUUGCAGAAUCCAGAAAUAUCAUUUACAGAACUGGGACCAGCAAUGCAUUAUGGUCGGAUAAACUCAUUGUCAAUGUGUGCUUGGAAACCAAUAUUUAUGACGUCAGGAGAAAUGGAUAAGAGCAUAAGGAUUUGGAACUACAUGACUGAUGACGUGGAGAUGAUAAAGUUGUAUCAGGAGGAAAUCCAUUGUGUGUCCUUACAUCCCACUGGUCUGUUUGCUAUAGUUGGUUUCUCGGAUAAACUACGUUUUAUGGUGGUUUUGAUAGACGACUUCGAAGUGAUGAGAGAGUUUCCUAUAAGGAAUUGUAAACAAGCCAAGUUUAGUACGAACGGACAAAUGUUUGCCGCUGUCAACGGUCAAGUCAUUCAAGUGAACGGCAAAACAAUUUAUGGUGUAGGGUCAGAUGGGGAAAUUAAAGAAAUUGGUGCUAACACUAUUAGAAGAAACAUGGGACUAAUUGGCGCUCCACUCGAUACCGUGAUAUUAUCACGGUCGGACUUGAUGCUAUUCAUCAGUGGUGGCCUUGGAGGCAUCACCUCCAUACAGCUACCAUUGCUAGACAAACCUAUAUUUAAUGAGUUUCACAUGCACAAUAAGAAAGUAACCUGUAUAGCACUUUCUUAUGACGACCAGACCUUGGUAUCAGUUGCCGAAGAUGCUUCUAUAUGCGUAUGGAGACUCACAAACGCUGAUGGUAGAGCUAUUGCUCUAGACAAGGACUUUGCAUACUCAAAAGAAAUAUUAAUCAGCAAGAGAGAUCUACAAGAGAAAAUAAACAACAUAAAUUUGUUGAGUACGCGCAUGAAUGAACUGGAAACGGAGCAUACGUAUCAACUACGACAAGCAGAAGCGACACAAGCAGAAAAACUGAAAGAGGUCCACGAAGGCUACUGCGCAGCUAUCGAAGAACUUAAGGAAAAGAAUGAGCAAAUGGAAAACGAACACACUCACGAAAUAGGCAUGAUUCAACAAGAUAUCGCGAAGUUGCGGUCAGGCCACGAGAGAACGUUGCAAGCUUUAGAAGCUGACUUCAAUGUCAGACUCAUUGGCGAGUAUGACAGAUACCAGAGCCUUGAAGACAAGACGGCUAGAAUGCGCAAAGAUUACGAGCAGAGGCUUGAAGAACUAGCCGAAAGUAAACGACUCGCUCUCAGGGAAAUGAAUAAAAUGUUCGAAGCAAAGUUGGAGGAGAAAGAGCUUAUGUUGCAAGAGGUAGGCACGCGAAACUGAAACUAAUUCCCAAUAAUUACAUUGUCCCAAAUCGUUGGAAAUUGAUUUGUGAAAUUGUAAUUAUUGUGACAGCAGCGAUAUUUGGUAACCUAACUAG